AUGCCUGCUCCGCUUGUGGCUCGGAAGGCUUCUCAACAAGGGUCAGGACAAACCGGCGGGCGAGGUUCGGAGAAACACCGAGGCGAAGCGACUCCCGUAGUGUCGGCGCAAGGCUCGGGGUUUAAGAAGAAAGUUGGGAGUUUGGAGCAGCCGCAUUCAGGCAAGCACCUCCCAGCCAAUGGUAGGAAGCCAUCUGGACACGAAUCUAAGGCUGGGAGCUCAUCAGCACCUCCCAACGGUUACGUCAGAAACACCGACUCGCUCGAUAAGGCCGUUCCUAGUCACAGCCACCGUUACAGUCACGACGGCGUGAGCGAUGUUUCUCUGACUCGCGUAAGGUCCGGCAUCGGCGCGCUGUACGCGGGAGGCGAGGGCCUCCCCCGGCGCAUCAACUUCCUCCCCGCGCGGCACCCCGACGCGCACUCCACGCUCCCCGUGGACCUUAAGCCGCUGAAUGCGGCCGAUCCGAGCCGCGAGCCACGUGGCAGGCAGCCAGUGGUCGGAUUGGAGAGCAAUGAUAGGGGGAAGGGGAAGGAGGGGAAGAGAAAGGGAGAGAAGGAGCGGCGCGAGUCGAGUGAGAGGGAGCCAGACGGAUUGGAGGGGCGUCUGGAUCGGUCGGAUGUGGCUUUGGAAUGGCGGCAAAUACGGCCCAUUGGAGCGGGGUUGAGCAACCUAGGCAACACGUGUUUUAUGAACUCCGUCCUGCAGUGCCUCACGUACACGCCGCCCCUCGCCAACUACCUCUCGCAGUCGCCGCACUCCGCCACCUGCAGGGUGGCGGGGUGGUGUGCGCUGUGUGAGAUGGAGACGCACGUGCCGAGGGCAGUGGGGGCCACGGGCAAGGUGGUCUCGCCCACAGGCUUUGUGCGCAACGUCAAGAGCGUGGCGCGGUCGUUCAAAGCAGGUAGGCAGGAGGACGCACACGAGUACAUGCGUUGCCUGCUAGACGCCCUCCACCGAUGCUGCCUCCCGCCCAAACGAGCCUCCGCCUCAGGCUCGGGCGCCGACCCUGCCUUCGCGCCGAGGCUGAUGAACACGUUCGUGCACCGGACGUUCGGCGGGUACCUGUGCAGCCAGGUGCAGUGCACUGUGUGCGGGUACUGCUCCCGAACCUACGACCCGUUCCUGGACCUCAGCCUCGAGAUUGUCAGAGCUGACUCCGUGACCAAGGCUCUGCAUCGGUUCACAUCGGAAGAGGCUUUGGAUGGGGCGAACAAGUACAAGUGCAGCAAGUGCAAGAAGAAGGUGCGGGCCCUCAAGAGCUUCGCAGUGGAGGAAGCACCCCCCGUGCUGACAGUGCACCUGAAGCGCUUCGCUGCUCUCACAGGGCGCAAGCUGGACAAGCACAUCGCCUUCCCCCCCUCCCUCGACCUCUCCCCCUUCAUGACCUCCUCCCGCUCCUCCACCAGCAGCACUGGCGGCAGCAGCAGAGGGGAUGUGGGUGGGGGUGGAGGUGGGGGUAAGGAUAGUAGGGGAGGCAAGUACAGUCUGUACGGGGUGUUGGUGCAUGCGGGAUGGUCCACCAACUCGGGGCACUAUUAUUGCUACGUGCGCGGGCCGUCAGGCACGUGGAGUGCCAUGGAUGAUUCGCGAGUGCAGCAGGUGAGUGAGAAGACCGCACAGAGCACGGAGAGGGCGGGAGCAGCACCGGGCGAGGGUACAGAAGUGGGCAGUAGUGUUGCACGCGAGGCCAAGGCGAGGGCAGGUGUGAAGGGUGACGGCAAGCAGGGAGUGAUGAUGGAUGCGAGUGGAGGACAAGGGGCGGAGGAGGCUUUGGUAGAGGGGGAGAAAUGGGGCGAGAGAGCGGGGCAGGCUGUGCUGGCAGAGGCGUCAAGUGACGAGGAGAGCAGUGAGGAACGGGAGGAGCAUGGGGAGGAGGACAGGGAGGUGGACGGGGAGGGAGGGGCAGAUGGGCAGGCAGCAGGUAGCGAUUCUGACGAUGAGAGUGACGACCCCGAUUGGACGUUGGGUGCUGAGGGUGGAGAGGAUGCGGACAACGAUGCUGAGGGCAGUGCGGGCCAUGUGAGGGGGUCAUCGUGGGCGGCAGCAGUGGGGCAGAUGCUACGACUGCUGCCUGGCUCCUCCAGGGAGUCGAGAGGCAGCCUCAGGAGCCGCAGCAGCCCUGGCCGUGGCAGCAGGUGGGGAGGGAGCUUUGGCGGCAGCGGGUGGGGCAGGAGCAGUGCCAGCCUGGGCAGUGCUAUGGGUAGCAGCAGGGAGAGGAUGCUGAGGCUCAUGUCUCCGCUCGUGCCGCUGCCUUUUUAUGGGGGAAGGGUAGAAGCUGGGCGUACGAUCAGGGAGAGGGGACGGCGGGUGGAGCUGGUUUUUCCGUUGGGGGGACGCAGGGGGCGGAAGAGGAGGAGAGCGGGUAUGGAGGGGUGGGGCCCUGGUGUGGAUUGGGAGGGGAGUGGAGGGAUAGGGGUGGGAGUGGAAGAGGAGGGAGGAGGGGUGAGGAAGGAGAGGGAGAGAGGAGGGAUGAGGGUGGAGGAGAAGGGGGAGAGUGGAAGGAGGGUGGGCAGGGGAGAGGAGGCGAGGGUGGUGGAGGGAGGAGAGAGGAAGGAGGAGGUGAGGAGAAAGCGACAAGAGGUGGAUGCGCUACAAGUGAUGGACGGGAUGGGACUGGAGGAGGGGGAGGUGGAUUCAGAGGAGGAGGAGGAAGGGGAGGCGAUGAUGAUGGCAGGGCCGGGGAUAGCGGUUCAGAGGGUGGGGUCGUCAGACGAUGACUCGGAGGGGUGGAGCAGUGGGAGUGAGAGUGAGGACGAGGGUACAGGGGAGAAAGAGAGAGGGAAAGAUGAGGGAGACCAGGAGGAGGAGGAGGAGGAGGAGGAGGAGGAGGAGAGCGAGGGAGGAAGGGGUGAACAGGGGACCGGGCAGGGGAAUGGUGGUGGCAGCAGGAGCAGGGUGGUGACGUAUGGGGGGUCAGACGCGGUGUGGAUGAUGAGGGAGGGCGCGCAGGAGGCGACUGUUGGGGCAGGCGCGGUGGCGGGCUCCCAGUGGGGCGACGAUGGUGAGUGGCAGUGGGGCGACGAUGGGGCCCUGCUUGUGAGGCACGUGGGAUGGUGGGUGUUGUUGGGGCAAGGCCAUGGUGGGUGUUGUUGGGGCAAGGCCAUGGUGGGUGUUGUUGGGGCAAGGCCAUGGGAGGUUGACUCGCGGUGGGAAUCAAGGAACAAAGGAGGAGCGGCAGGAGGGGGAACGGGAGAAGCCAUGGGGGUGAACGGCGGCCACCAUCUAGUCGAGAGGCGGCCGGCCAGCAAGUACCGAUACGAUGAGUGGGACGAGGAGCUGGACAGGGGGCGCGUGAAGAAGGUGAAGCGCAAAGCAGAUGGUGACGCGCCCGACCCCAUGGGAGGGAGGAACAAGAACCCCUUCCAGGAGCUCUCUGCCAUGCCUGCUGGUGCUGCUGCUGGGGGUGGUGGUGGUGGGGAGGGAGGGAGGGAGGCGCAUGGGAAGAGGCUUGGGAGGUGGAUGGGGAGGGACAAGGGCAAGCACGACAGCAACCGGCAUGUGGCGAAGCUCAGGGGGAAGAAGGCCAGGCCUAGAUGGUAG